CGCGAGCACGGCUGGCUCUGGUUCCUCCCCUCUGUUCUUUCCCGACGUGCCUCGCUCUGGCCGAGCGGCGCCAUCUUGUUCCGGCGGUGAGGCAGCGAAGCUCUGUCCUCUUUCUCAGUCUUUGCGUUGCACCCACCGACCGAGCCCGCAGAGCUUUCUCUUCCUCCUCAGUGCAGGACAUGCGGGAGCGGAGAGGACGGCGGUAGCAGCGAGAAGCAGCCCGGACGCUGAGGCGAGGAAGGCCUUGAGACACGCAGCGUGUGGUGACCCCUCCUCCUUACCUCGCCCCUCACUCAACACAGCAGCAUGGACGCCGUGAACGCCUUCAACCAGGAGCUCUUUGCGCUCAUGGACAUGAAGCCUCCAAUUUCUCGUGCAAAGAUGAUAUUAAUCACAAAGGCAGCUAUAAAGGCAAUAAAGCUUUACAAACAUGUUGUCCAGAUUGUGGAAAAAUUCAUCAAGAAGUGUAAACCAGAAUAUAAGGUCCCAGGAUUGUAUGUAAUUGAUUCAAUAGUUCGUCAGUCUCGUCAUCAGUUUGGAAUUGAUAAAGAUGUGUUUGGUCCAAGAUUUACUAAGAACCUAACGGCAACUUUCCAGUGUUUGUAUCUCUGUCCAGAGGAAGAUAAGAGUAAAAUUGUUCGGGUUUUGAACUUGUGGCAAAAAAAUGGAGUAUUUAAAAUUGAGAUGAUACAACCAUUGCUGGAUAUGGCGGCGGGUGCUGCAGCUCCUGAACUACUGGCAGAUAAUUCCGCUAAUGAAGAAGGCUCCUCGCCACCCUCUGUGUUGCUUCCAUCUGACCCCCCUGAAGAGCCCCUGGUUGCUGCUCCUGCACCUUUGGUACCUGUGGUACCUGCUCCUGCUGUCAGCGUUCCUCAGUUACCCAGCUCAGAGGCUUUUGCAGCAGUCGCUCAGUUGUUUCAGAGUAGUCAAGGACAGCAGCUUCAGCAGAUUCUUCAGACUUUCCAGCAGCCUCCAAAGCCACAGUCUCCAGUUAUUGAUGAGAAUAUAUAUUCCCAAGUACAAUCGAUUACUUCUCAGAUGAAUACUCAACCACAACAGUCUCACCAGGCAGACAGGAAAACUGCUUUUGAUAAGCUGCUGGACAGAUUUGAUUAUGAUGAUGAACCUGAAGCAGCUGAUGAGUCAAAGAAAGAUGCAACAAGUUCCACUCCACCACCUUCCCAACCACCAUUCUCAUUUUCUGCAGAGACAAACCAGCCUCCUGGAGCCUUCUCACAGAUCCCAGGACAAAUGCCAAACAUGGAUCAGUUUCAGGCUCUACAGUCGCACAUGAUUGGAAUGCCUCAGGAAUCUCUGCUUAAUCAGCCUCCAAUCCCUGCAAAUGGGCAGAUGCUUGGUUUUGGUAUGUUUUCCUCCCAGACUUUCCACACUAUGGUUCCACCUAUGUCACAAGAGUCUCCUCAGCCUUUUAUCCAGCCUACUUUCCCAGUUCAGCAAAAUGAUACACAGCUGGAAAAUGAUCAGCAGGACGUACCAAUGGAAAUAGAACAACCUCCUGUUCUGGAAUCAAAGCGCCCCUCAGAACGUCAGAGGUCUGUGUCCAGAUCACCAAAAAGGCGGAGGUCCCGUUCCGGUUCACGUUCUCGCCGAUCCAGGCACAGGCGCUCUCGUUCUAGAUCACGAGAUAGGCGGCGUCAUUCUCCAAAAUCUCGCUCUCAGGAGAAGCGUGAUCGAGAGAAGGAAAGGGAGCGCAGAAUGAAAGGUCUUCCUCCAAUCAAAGUUGAUGUCGUUAGUGUUUGCAGUACUACUCUUUGGGUUGGACAGCUGGACAAAAGAACAACCCAGCAAGAUGUUGGAAGCCUUUUAGAAGAAUUUGGACCCAUUGAAUCAAUCAACAUGAUACCGCCAAGAGGCUGUGCAUACAUUGUAAUGGUUCACAGAAUGGAUGCAUAUCGUGCUUUACAAAAACUGAGCAGAGGAAACUACAAGGUCAACACAAAGGCAAUAAAGGUGAAUCAAAUUUACUUUUUAUACAACGAUGCAGAAUUGGCUUAA